AUGCAGUGUUCUGCUUUGAGAAAGAACGGUCACGUCGUCAUCAAGGGUAGACCUUGUAAGAUUGUCGACAUGUCCACCUCCAAGACCGGUAAGCACGGUCACGCCAAGGUCCACUUGGUCGCCAUUGACAUUUUCACUGGUAAGAAGUUGGAGGACUUGUCUCCAUCUACCCACAACAUGGAGGUUCCAAACGUCAGCAGACAAGACUUCCAGUUGUUGGACAUUGACGACGGUUUCUUGUCUUUGAUGACCACCGACGGUGACACCAAGGAUGACGUCAAGGUCCCAGAGGGUGAGAUUGGUGACAAGAUCCAGUCUGACUUCGACGAUGGUAAGGACUUGAUCAUCUCUGUCAUCUCCGCCAUGGGUGAGGAGGCUGCCAUCUCCCACAAGGAGGCUCCAAAGGGCGCUUAA